GCCGCUCGUAUGCUCCGAUUACAGUUGACGCGCUCCCCGCACAGUCGCCGUCGUACGCCGACGUAAGCUAGGCACCGGCUCCGUUCUCACAAUGUCUGGCAAAUCUUCAGCGGAAGCUACCCUGGCCUUGCUAGACGAUGAGGGUGCACGUCCGCCCGAUACCAGCAUCGACACGGUGAUCAGCACGACAGCGGGACCGUGGACGAUGCCGAUGAUGAUCAAAGCUCGCUCGAGACAGUCUGCGGGCUCAUAUAGUUCUGCGCCAUCCUCAAGCUCAGCCGCGAGCUCGAUCAGUCAAGCUGGCUCCACAUCUUCUCCUGCAAUUACGCCGAACGGAGCCCAAGCUUCGCGAGAAGCCCGCAAUCUUGUGCAGCACCACCAGGCCCACAUUAGGGAGAAUCCUUAUGAAUUUAUGCGACAGCUAGGCGCAUAUGCGCAGGGCACCGGUUGGCGAAGUUACGAGCACUAUGUCGGCUCGAGAGUUCUCUAUGAAGGCUACACGGCAGAUGUCACUGCACGUGUGCUCAACAGCGCAGCCGUGAGGUCGCGCAUCAAGCAGCUCGCACAACAACGGCUCGAUCAGCUUGACUUGCCCCGGACACAACGUGCACAAAAGAUCAAUGAGCUCGAGCAGCAGCUUUUUGACGUCGCGACCGAGACUGCUCGCAAGAUGAUUGCUCGCUUGGACAGCGUUCAGUUCUUCAAGUUCUUUGGCGCGACGGUCAACAACAUCCUCGUCAGGAUGUAUCACCAGGGCAUACACAUCAGCUUGGACGAGUUCACAGUGUUUCGACAAGUUGCGCAAGAAGCUGCAGAGAAGAAGAUAUCGCUGCUCAUGCUGCCCUGCCACAAAUCGCAUAUCGAUUACCUGACUGUGUCAUUCUUGUGUUAUCGCUUGGGCAUCUCUAUACCGCAUAUUGUGGCGGGCGAGAACCUGGACAUGCCUGUCGUUGGUCCGAUGCUGCAGAAGUGCGGUGCAUUCUACAUCAGACGAAGUUUCGGUGACGAUGCACUCUAUCCUGUCGUCAUUCGCGAAUACAUCGAACAAUUACUAUCGACAGGACACAAUCUCGAAUGUUUCAUCGAGGGUACACGCUCACGGACGGGCAAACUACUGCCACCGAAACUCGGCAUCCUCAAAUAUGUUUUAGAGGCCGUUCAGACUGGCAGGACAGCAGAUGUCAUGAUCUGUCCGAUCAGUGUACAGUAUGAUAAAGUCAUCGAGACAGACUCGUACGUCAACGAGCUCCUGGGCAAUCCAAAGGAAAAGGAAUCUAUCUGGGGUCUCAUUGCCAACACGCGUGUCCUGCAGCUCAAGAUGGGCAGAAUCGAUGUGCGGUUCCAGAAACCGUACUCACUCAAGGGCUUCAUCGAAGAUCAGGUCGUGAGUCGCAAACGUCUGCGCCAGGAUCGCGUUGCAUUCGAUCCGGCGAAUAACAAUGAGCACAAAGUCAUGCUACUCAAGGCGCUCGGAUACCAAGUCCUGUCGGACAUCAAUAAAGUCUCUGUCAUCAUGCCUGCUGCACUCGUCGGGACCGUCAUUCUCACCCUACGCGGACGUGGUGUGGGACGUAACGAGCUGGUCAGGCGAGUCGAUACGCUGCGAGAGAAGAUCAUCUCUCGCGGUGGACGGGUGGCAGAGUUUGGCGGAAUGACGACGGAGGAAGUCGUCGAUCGCGCACUAGAAGCAUUGAAAGAUCUUAUCGGCGUCUAUCAUGAUCUCAUGGAACCCACUGUCUAUCCACUCAAGCGCUUCGACCUCUCAUUCCAUCGAAACCAAGUUAUCCACAUCUUUGUCUCCGAAGCGCUGCUAUCUGCAACGCUCUAUACCAAAGUCAAAGCUGGUGGUGCCGUACCUGGUCAACGAAUGGAAUAUAAUUUCCUCUUAGCCGAGCUCGGCUUCCUCUCGCAAACGCUCAAAAACGAGUUCGUCUAUGGCACUGAAGGUAUGGUGCAGAAUGCAGAGAACACAAUCGAGCAUUUGCAGACGGAUCAGGUCAUUCUCGUCGAGGAUGACAUGAUCGGCCUUUCACCUGCAGAGCGCGCCAGAGGCCGCGAGAACUUUGACUUCUACUGCUUCCUGAUCUGGCCAUUUAUAGAGACAUACUGGCUCGCCGCUGUCAGUCUCUUUGGUCUCACGCCGCUUAAGAAUGGCAGCGGCUUGGAAGACGAUAUUCUCUGGCUGCCCGAGCGCGAGUUUCACAAGCGUGCCCAGGUCUAUGGCAAGACCUUGCAUGCACAGGGCGAUGUGUCGUAUCUCGAGGCUGUCAACCAGGCGACAAUGUCGAACGCUUUCCAGCGGUAUCACGAGAUGGGCAUCAUCAUAGCCAGGCGGAGCAAGAACGCCAAAUCAGUCGCAAUGAUGGCCCUGCAUCCUGAAUGGACGCCCCGUAGAGACGAGGCCGGCGUCAUUCGCGCCGAAGGUAAACUUUGGUCAUUCCUGGAAAGGCUCGGAAGCUUCCGCAGAGAGGGCAAGAAUCGACGCGACAGUGCGACAGUCAGCUCAAGAGUAUUGACUUUGGCUUCUCAGAUCCAUCAGCCCGCGGCAGUCGAGGCCCACUUGUAGGACAACCUCGUGACCUAGUCGCGCGAUCGGUGGCUUUGCCCCGGACAAAUGUACACGCGGAAAAAUCCGAUUUUGGAGUGCGGGGUGUAGAUCCAUAGGGCGAUUCUUUGCGGAUGAACUAGGCUGCCGGCCGAAAUCGAAGCCAGCUAGGUAAGAAAAGCGGCGCCUGACCCAACUCACAAGUAGACUUGGCGAACUUGACCUCUCGCCUACUCCAUAAAGUACCUGAAGCACUCGAGAGUAUCUA